AUGGAUGCUUAUAAUCAAGAAGCCAUUGAGUUCAGAUUGAGACAGAGGAAUUUGGAUGAUUCAAGAAAUGAAAGAGUUGAAAUGGUUGUCCUUGAGAUGCUUCAACCUCAUAAAAAUAUAAAAGGAGUUACAAUCAAAGACUACGGAGGCACAAGAUUUCCUGGUUGGAUUGAGUCUCCAUUGUUCUCUAAUAUCAUAGUUUUAAAGUUUAGUGAUUGUAACAAGUGUAUGCAACUACCGGCACUUGGACAACUACCUUCACUAAAAGACCUCAUUGUUGAAGGAAUGGAGGGGAUAAAAAGUAUAGGACCUGAGUUCUAUGGCGACUGUAAUUCUCCUAUCCUUCCAUUUCCGUCAUUGGAGACUCUAAAGUUUGACAACAUGAUAAACUGGGAGGAUUGGUCAUCCUCUGGGGUUGAAGGCAGGGAAGACUUCUGUCACCUGCAGAAGAUUGAAAUUCUAAACUGUCCAAAGCUAAGAAAGUUCUCACAACACUUUUCUGCCUUGAGGGAAAUGAAAAUUAAGUGCUGUGAAGAAUUGAUUGCUCUUCCAAACCUUUCAAGAGCUUACGACAGCUUAGAACAAGGGAUUGCUCUUCCAAACCUUUCAAGAGCUUACGACAGCUUAGAAAAAGGCACAGAAUUCCCUUACCUCCGCGAACUUUCUAUAUGGACAUGUCCCAACUUGAAGGAGUUACCUAGCCUCUUUCCUUCUCUGCAAGUACUCGAGAUAAAUGAAUGUCAAGAAUUAGCAGAACUGCCCAAACUCCCUUCAAUCCGGGAGUUGGAAUUUGAAAAGUGCAACAAGGGGGUACUACAAAAUAUAGUUGGACUUACCUCAGUUACCUACUUGCAUUUGAAUCAAAUUCCACAGAUACCAUGUCUACCUGAAGGGUUUCUGCAACACUUGACGGCUCUUGAAGAGUUGCAGAUUGCACAUUUCAGCGAGAUUACCACUUUGUCUAAUGAGAUUGGAUUUCCCAACCUAUUGCACCUCAAACGCUUGGAAAUUUUAGGAUGUCCAUUCUUACAUGAGCUGCCACAAUGCUUGCACAAACUGUCGUCUCUCAAGGAGUUUAAAGUCUCGAGAUGUUCCUCGCUUUUGUCUUUUCCUGGAACAGGCUUGCCAUCCAUGCUUAGAGGCCUUGAGAUCAAGGGUUGUGAGGCAUUACAAUUCUUACCUGAGUGGAAGAUGCAAAACAGUAACAAGUUGUUGUUUCCACUCGAGUAUCUGGUAAUUGAAGAUUGUUCUUCUCUGAAGUCUUUCCCAAGAGGAGAGCUUCCUAGUACACUUAAACAACUUGAAAUUCGAAAUUGCAUAAACUUGGAGUGCCUUCCCAAGGAUAUGAUUCACAACAACACUUGUCUUGAAAUUCUAAAGAUUUCCGGGUGUCAUUCUGUUACCUCCUUUCCGAAAGGUACUUUCGGUCUCCCUGCAGUAACAUCUGCAAUGGUCAUGAACCUUAAACAGCUCAUCAUCAACAACUGCGACAACUUCCGGUUGUUACCUGAGGGCCUACACAACCUCAAGCAUCUCCAUCACUUGGAAGUUACUGAGUGUCCACUUCUCCAGUCUAUCGCGGAAUUUGGCCUGCCAAACUCCAUGCUGCAAUCAAUUAAAAUUUCUGGUUGUGGAAGCCUCAAGUCCCUACCAAAUCGUAUGCACAGCCUCACAUCCCUUCAAGAACUAUGCAUAGAGAGUUGCUCUAAUCUUGUGUCAUUUCCAGAGGGUGGAUUACCAACCAAUCUAUCGUCGCUGUCGAUCUUGGACUGUGAGAAUUUCAAGCCUUCAUUUGAGUGGGGGCUGCACAGACUCACUUGUCUCAACAGCCUCGCCUUUGGUGGUUGUCAAGGGCUGGUGUCCUUUCCAGAGGAUUGGUUGUUGCCUACCAGUUUAUCAUCUCUUCAACUUCAGCGACUGCCAAAUCUUGAAUUCCUUCCCAAAAGACUCAAUCUCAUCUCUCUUGAUAAUCUGGAGAUGUCAGAAUGUGACAAACUUCAAACUUUGUCUGAAGAGGAGCAACCCAAGAUGCUUCAAAAUUUUGAAAUUUUGGGAUAUCCUCUGAGCAGCGGUUUUGUGUAAAAUUAGUUCUGGUCUUUCACUAAAUCCAAAAAUGUGAUUUUGUAUGUAAAAUUUCUUCGUUGUACUUAUUUGUACGGAAGGGAGGUCAAGAUUAGUUGAUGAUUGAUAAGAAUGAUAA